AUUUAUAACCCGUUUGGUGUACUAUUUAUUUCUGUUUGUAGUAAGCCGGCGGUUGGAUAUCAAAUAAGUUCCCUGAGGUGAAAGUGGACCAACAAGAGGACAAUUCCUGUGAAUUCAGCUAUUUUAUGACCGACUCAACCGCGGCGCGGGCAGGAACUGUAUCUCAGCGACAGAUAAGUUGACAGGGCGCAUGAGCGGGAGGGGUUUGUGGUAGAAAUGGUUAAGUUAGCUUGUUGCUAAUUUACUUCCUUUUUGUCGGGUGUUUCCACAAGCGACACGGUUUUAGGUUAUUCCUAUUACAUUACCACACAAAUCAGGAACAGAAACUGUGAGAAGUCCUAAGAGUGACGAAAUGUCUGGUCAGAGUUGUUCAUUAAGAAGUAGUGAUGAUUAAACAUUAUAAGUAACACAAGAUUAUGUUGUCUUUAAGUAAAAAUUAUUUGUACAGUUAAGCAUGAAACUAAUGCGCGGGAGCCAUCUGACCAGGCGCGCGCCCAGCUCCUGACCAAUCAGUUCCUCGCGACAGUUAUCCGCGUGCGCCCCGAAUUCAACCAAUCAGCUUCCGGAGAAUCUUGACCCGCGUGCCCGAUGUUUCCUUGGUGGAGUAAAAGUCCAAGAGAGCGAAGUGCAGGACUCUGAGAGAGAGAGAGAGAGAGAGAGAGAGAGAGAGAGAACGAGGAGGAGGAGGAGGAGGAGGAGGAGGAGAAGACGACAGUCAAUAUUUCCAUUUAUCUGGCGGUUUUUUCGCGGCCAUGCCGUUCAAGUUCGUAUCCUCGCUCCUGUGAGAGAGAGAGAGAGAGAGAGAGAGAGAGAGAGAGAGUUAUGGGAACGCUGAGAAACGGCUGGACGAAGAGAGAGAGCUUCAUUCUCUCUGUGGACGUAGGAACGACCUCUGUGAGGUGCCAUGUUUAUGAUAAACACGCCAACAUCCGGGGAUCCUGCAGCCGAAAGGUAUCUCUGCAGUACCCGGAGCAUGGCUGGGUGGAGAUGGACCCUGAGGAUCUGUGGCAGAGCUUCGUCAGUGUGGUGAAGGGAGCGGUUCAAGACUCAGGUUUACAGAUGAGUCAGAUGGAGGCUUUAGGUAUCUCAACUCAGAGAGCCACCUUCACUACCUGGCACAGGAAGACAGGGAAACCCUUUCAUAACUUCAUCGGCUGGCAGGACCUGCGAGCGGCCGAGAUGGUGAAGUCAUGGAACAACUCGUGCACCAUGAAGGCAGUGCAUGGUGUAAUGAAGAUGCUGCACUUCCUCAGCAGACGGAAGCGUUUCCUGGCCGCGAGUUUGGUGGUCUUCACACCACAGCACGUCUCCAUGCGUCUGGCCUGGGCUUUACAGCACAUCCCUCAGUUGAAGCAAGCGGUUGAUGAAGGAACUUGUUGUUUUGGGACCAUUGACACAUGGCUGCUUUAUAAACUCACUAAAGGUUUGGUCCACGCUACAGAUUAUUCCAAUGCUAGCUCGACGGCCAUCUUUGAUUCCUAUCAGAUGUGUUGGAGCGGAUUUCUGUGUUCUCUCCUCUCUCUACCUCUCUCCAUUCUCCCCACUGUGCACAACACCAGUCAUCAGUUUGGUUCCUCUGAUCCUGUUAUUUUUGGGGUUUCUAUUCCAAUCAUGUCGGUUAUGGCGGAUCAGCAGGCAGCCAUGUUUGGCGAGUGCUGCUUUGAUACUGGUGAUGUAAAGAUUACCAUGGGAACAGGAACAUUUAUGGACAUCAACACAGGGAACAAACCACACACAUCUGUAGCAGGCCUGUAUCCCCUGGUGGGCUGGAAAAUCGGCUCUGAUGUUGUGUAUCUUGCUGAAGGAAACUCUGCAGACACAGGAACCGCCAUCAGAUGGGCUCAGGAAAUUGACCUGUUUACAGAUGUAAAGGAGACCUCCGACAUGGCCAGCAGUGUGAGCGACUCAGACGGAGUGUGUUUCGUUCCUUCCUUCAGCGGUUUGCAGGCUCCAUUAAAUGACCCUAAAGCAUGUGCAGCGUUCAUGGGUCUGAAACCAUCCACCACUAAGAGUCACCUGGUGCGUGCUAUUUUAGAGUCCAUCGCUUUCAGGAAUAAGCAGCUGUUUGAUGUGAUGUGUCGGGAAACUCGGAUCCCCAUCACUAAAAUCAGGGCAGACGGCGGCGUGUGCAUGAACGACUUUGUCAUGCAGUUAAGUGCAGACCUGCUGGGGCGUAAAAUCUCACGAGCCACGCAUUUCGACAUGUCGUGUCUGGGGGCGGCGUUCGUGGCCGGGUUGGGAGUCGGUUUCUGGAAGAGUAAAGAGGAGCUGAAGAAACUGCAGAUGACUGAGAGACUCUUCCUUCCUCAGAGUGUUAAAGGAGAUGCAGGAGGAGGUGGUGGUGGUGGUGGUGGUGUGUAUAAACCAGUCCUGCAGAGCUGGGAACAGGCCCUGCAGCGCUCCAUGCACUGGUAUAGCCACACAUCAUAACACACACACACACGGUGCCAGACAGUCAGAGCUUAGCCACGUUGUUUACUCUGACAUGAUGAUGAUGAUGAUGGUGAUGAAGAGCCAUGUUUUACUCUGACGUGCCUUAAAUGUAACACACCUCUGACUUCAGCCAUCUUAGACUUUUGUUCAUUUGGUGUAUUUUUGGUGUGUUAUGUUUUUACUUUCUUUAACUACGCUUGAUGACAUCAUCCCCAGUGACGGCUACAAAUAACAGAAGACUGAUGGAUUGAAGGAAAAAACAGUUUCAAGAUAAAAACAGACAGGGCUUUGAUCGUUUAUCUUCUCUCUCUAACCAUUAUUCAAACCCCAGGGAAAUUCUCGACAGAGUAGAUCAAAAAGUAGUUUCUGGUAUUGCUGGAGGAAUAAAAGUGAGAUUAAAGCAGUUAUAAGUAUAUAAUAAAUGAUUAGAUAAAAAGUCACAAUGGGUUUCAUUUAUCAGUCUAAAAUAAAAGUUGUUAAAAGUCUGGAAAUGUUUGGAUGAAGCAAACUGACAGAUUAACUAAAGAUUCAGAAAUGUGGAUCUUGUGUAAAACUAUAAAAGGUGAAAUGAGCGCUUGGGGUAAAGGCUGAAAAAACAGCGUGGCAGUUAUUUUGUCUCAAUUUUAUACCAAUAAAAAAUUGAACAAUAGAUUUAAAUAAAAAUAUUAUUAUUAAUAAUAAUAAUAAUAAUGAGUACCGAAUCCUCUAUCAGCAGAGGAGUUUGUUUACGUCCACAGUUCAUACACCUCCAUUAGUGUGAUCAGAACAGAAUUAUUAAAAUUUUAAUUUCUAGGUGAGUGUCUGCUCGCUUUCUGUAUUAUUUAUUCUUUAGUGAAUACCAGUAAAAUAAAUGGACUGGUUUUGACUGGAUGUUGUGAAAGGAGCUCAGAGCGAGUGCAGCAGCAUGAGGACGUGUCUCUGUUGAAGACUCUGAAGUUUUUCAGUACGUGUCUGUGGAUACGGGCGUCUCCACACGCUGUGAAGAACAUAGAAAUGAACAGUUUCAGCUCCACAUUAGAGCUGGGUUAGAGAAGUGCAGUGAGAAGGUCCUGCUUUAUGUGACUUAGUCUUCUCAUGUGUGAGUUUAGGAUUGAUAGGACACCGUUUUUCACCUAAAUAAUACAUUUCUUUUUUAAACAGAAAUUUUGAUCGACAAAAACAUUCACAUCCACAGGAAAUUAUAUUUCCGAGUAUUCUGUAUUAUUAUUUUAUUCUCAGAGUAUUAAAACCUUGAGUUUGCUUUAACCAUUACUGUUUUAGAGAGUAGACUCGCGAGCAGACGCUGCCUGUAAAGUCGUACAUGGGCGUGUAGGAAUUAAAUAAGCCCCGCCCACUCACGUCGAAAGGUCAGUCUCGUGAGUGGAUCAGAAACGAUCAAAUGAGAAGUUGUGUUUUUAUAAAAUUUGCUUGUAAGAAUAUCUCUCCUGUUUUUUUCCCUGAUGAAAACACACUGGAAUCUAUGAGCUAAGUUUUCAGAACUGACCUCAGCCCCGUGACCUCAAGUGACCUUUCAGUGUGGAGUCUCCUGAACAGAGACACGAGGUCCAUAAGGUCUGUCCUAUCUUGGUCCACCAGCUACAUGAUCUUAAACCUCAGAGGAACCUCAGUCACUCCGGGUUCUCCUCACGGUCACCUUACGAACCGAACAAAUGCCUCGGUUUCCGUAGAAACAUCUUCAAACGACACGUUUCUCGUCUCUCUUUUGGCGACAUGCAACAGAUAUAAAGUGCCUUUAGUGAAGCUCUUCUGUCUAAUUUUACUGACAGAACGUCAGAGAAAUAUAGAAAUAUAGGAAAGUUCUGGGUCUGGUUUAAAUGUGAAUAGGAUCUGAUCAAUAAUAAAUAAACAAAUAUAUACAGUAUCUCACAGAAGUGAGUACACCCCUGACAUUUUUGUAAAUAUUAUAUCUUUUCAUGUGACAACACUGAAGAAAUGCCCCUCUGCUCCAGUGUACAGUAGUGAGUGUCCAGCCUGUAUAACAGUGUAAAUUUACUGUCCCCUCAAAAUAACUCAAUUUCUUGAUAACACCAAAUUUAACACACCUGCUCCCCAUUCACACCUGAGACCUUGUAACACUAACGAGUCACAUGACACCGGGGAGGGGAAAUGGCUAAUUGGGCCCAAUUUGGACAUUUCCACUUAGGGGUGGAGUCACUUUUGUUGCCAACGGUUUAGACAUUAAUGUCUGUGUGUUGAGUUAUUUUGAGGGGACAGUAAAUUUACACUGUUAUACAGGCUGGACACUCACUACUGUACACUGGAGCAGAGGGGCAUUUCUUCAGUGUUGUCACAUGAAAAGAUAAAAUAUUUAGAAAAAUGUCAGGGGUGUACUCACUUCUGUGAGAUACUGUAAAUGUGUUAGGAGGUCAUUUCUGACCCUCAGUGUUUACCCUAAUCAUGUGGUUUAUAGAGGAUUUUCUGCUGCUGAUUUAUUCUUUAUAAGUCGCUUCCCAUCCAAACUUUAAUCUUUUUUUUAACCUUUGACCUUCUGAACCCCGUUCUCUCAUUACUUUAACUCUCUGACUUUACCUUCUGAAGUCUCGUCUUUAUAUUUACACACGAUGCAGAAGAUGUUUUUAUAUAUUUAUAUAUAACAUUACAGAGUUUAACAUUCAGUCCAGAUAAAGGAAGUGUGAUCAUCUCAGAAACUGGGACACAAUGUUUACACAGUUCUGAGGAAAAGAAAAGAACAAUCCACACACUGGAAAGGUAUGGAUUUUGUGCAGAAAUAAAACAUUUAAAUGCUUUUCUGUUCCUUAGAAAUAUUUAAAAUAAGGAGAUAAUAAGAAUUAAAAAGUCCCGAUGCGUCUGCAUUCUGUUUUAACCAUCAUGGUGGUGGUGUUGUGGCAAAGCUCUCGGCCAAUCAGAGUGAGCCUGGUAGUAAAGUAAAUACACAGUAGGCGGGGCUUCAGGUAAAUAAACAGCACAAGCACUAGGUGAGGAUUUAUGUGAACUGAGAUACAAAACACUUAGCUUCUUUUUUUCUUCUUUUUUUUUGACCACUUUUUAAAGUGAAAUAAAUAAAAAAGUUGUUUUUAUUGGAAUGAUGAUUUUCGGACAGGGUUUAAUACACAGCCGUGAAACUUGUCGUGAUUAAAUGAUGUUUCUGUUUCAGCGUAUCUGAGUUGUGUUUUUUGUGAAACGAUGAGCAGGAGAUCUGUGAAGGAGUUUGUAAUAAAACAUCUGAUUAUAAAUAGUUUUUAGUUAUAAUUAUCCGUCUGACGUAAAUGAACAGAGCUGCAGUCAGAGGAGUGGGAGAGUGGUGGGGUUUCACCGGGAUCUGUAGCAGGACUGAGUGAUAGAUCAAAGCUGACCGUUGGCUAAAUGACCCUGUAGAUGGUGAUGGUGAACUAAAGUCCACUUUAAUCUGGAAAUGUUCUGUUUCUGAUCUCUCUGUAACCUCCACAUGACUGUACUGUGAUUAUCGUCAUCAAUUAAAGUCAUCUUCAUUAAACACA